AAUAGGGUACGUUGGAAGGAGGUACAGAAAUUGCUGUGAAGAGUCUAUCAAUGAAUUCUAGACAAGGAGUCAAUGAGUUCAAAAAUGAAAUUGAGCUAAUUGCUAAGUUUCAACAUCGGAAUCUUGUAAAGAUAUUUGGUUAUUGUACUCAUAGAGAAAUGAAACUAUUAAUUUAUGAGUAUAUGUCCAACAAAAGCCUUGACUAUUUCAUUUUUAGUAACACUCUUUCACCACUCUUUUAACACAUGUAAUGUUCUGUGUAAAAUUUGCCAAUUUUGUUCGAAUAAAAGAAAAACACUAACAUUUGCAGAUGAAAAUCGAAGCAUACUAUUAGAAUGGCCUAAGCACUACCAGAUUAUAUGCGGAAUUGCUAAGGGGCUUCUCUAUCUUCAUCAUGAUUCAAGAUUGAGAUUUGUACAUCGAGAUCUCAAAGCUAGUAAUGUGUUACUUGACGAUGACAUGAAUCCCAAAAUUUCGAACUUUGGCUUGGCUAGACCUUUUGGUGGAGACCAAAUAGAAGGAAACACACACAGAGUAGUAGGAACCUAUGGUUAUAUGGCGCCAGAAUAUGCCUCUGAUGGCAUAUUCUUAAUAAAGUCUGAUGUAUUCAGUUUUGGCAUAUUGAUCUUAGAAAUUGUAAGUGGGAGAAAAAGUAGAUCUGUUUAUGAAGAAAAUUGUCCUCUCAAUCUCGUUGGAUAUGUAAGUGUACAUACGAAAAUACUUAAUGAAUGUUACAUCAAUAGCGAAUGUUAUCUAUUUAUUUAUGUUCUAUUUAAUAAUUUGUUAGGCAUGGACUUUGAUGAAGAAAGGCCGUGAAAUUAAGCUUAUUGAGAAG